UUACAGUGCAUGUCGAAUGACCUGUUUUUGUGCCGGGAAAAGGUUGUAUGCUAUGUUUCAAAUCUAUAGUUAUCAGCGUUGACGCAGCUUUUCACAUUCGUGAAUGGAUGAGUAUCGGAGUUGUGCACAUUUUUAAAUAAAUCGAUCGAACAAUAUGCUAGGAAUAACAUUCAUAUCGUUAUGCGUUACGUUGGCGUUGGGACGUCGCGUGGUGGAUCUGACGCACACGUUUGACCAGAAUGCGCCCAAAUACCCUCUCGAACAAUGGGUUGACAAAGGGCUAGAUUGGAAUAUGUUUAGGAUGACUACGCUUAUGGCGAAGUACAUUGGUCCACAAAACAGAACGUGGUUAACUCUAAAGGUGACCGAAUAUUACGAGCACCAGGGGACGCACAUGGACGCUCCCAUGCACUCUGCAAGGGGCGGGGAGGAUAUGGCGUCAAUCUCGCCAGAGCGUCUAGUCGGGCCCGGCAUCGUUAUUGAUGUUACGGACAAGGCGGAAAGUGACGUCAACUACGCGGUCACCGUCGAAGACUUGAAGAAGUACGAGGCUGACCAUGGUCGGAUCCCCCCUGGCGCCAUAAUCAUGAUGAACUCUGGCUGGGCCCGAAAGUACCCGGACUCCAACAAGGUGUUUGGUUCACAGAACCUCUCAGAUCCUCUCUCCUUCCGGUUUCCUGGCUUCAGUCUGGAAGCCUGCAAGUUCAUGCUCAAUAAGAGACAGGUCAGUGUGGUAGGAGUGGACACACCGUCCGUGGAUCCCGGAAUCGCUCCUGAAUACUAUUGCCACAACCACCUCCAGCCGAGUGGCGUUCCCUUACUCGAGUACGUGGCCAACCUGGAUGCGAUCCCUGUGCGCGGCUCCACUAUCGUGCUUGGAGCCAUCAAGAUGCGUGAGGGGACCGGCGGCCCCACCCGGAUAUUCGCCCUCCUGGAUGACGAGAACGAUGGGUUUAUCAAUGGGGCCAAUAGUGUUUCCUCUCGGGGUGCAAUCGGGCUUCUGUCGUUGUCAACGUUGUAUGUUUUGUGUCAGGCGGUCUACUUCUAGAUCGAAGGCCCUCAUCAUAUUUGCGAGUUUUGUAAUUGCACGAUUGGAAAAUGAAUUUGUUGUUUUGUCAACAUAUGAUCUUUUCCUUUCACUUAUCGAACCUUCCUCUUAUAAACUUUUCUGCCUUGCGUCUUUUUAUAAUAAGUUCCAGUGUCACUGACUUUGAAACAAUUGAACGGUUGCAAAACACGAUGUGUGCGUGUUACUGUAUUUGUAUACACAUGUAUGUGUGCGUACUUGUAUGUGUAGCUACACGUUCGUGUGAAAGUUGAAGUUAUUUGUGAAAUUUCACCUAAAACUUUUACUUUUAUGCUCGCGGAUAAUCGAAUAAAUCACUUUCAAUGCGCUAGCGUAUGUGCGAUACUAAAUGUGUAGAAUGUUCCUGGAUUACGUAGUGCACCAAGAAGUCCACCAGAAACGUAACCUGACAAUUAGAGUAGUGUUUUGUAAUUUCUUCAAUUGUUUGUACGGUUACUAUAUUGUAAAUAAACACUCUGUAGUGUGUCACAUUA